AUGACCACUGAACUAGAUUUGUUGAUUAAAUCAUAUUUUGAGAAUGAUCUAAAAUCCAUAUGGAGGAAACGAUACCUAACCUUUCUAAGUAAUUUUCUUAUAGAGGAAGAAGAGCAUGAUAAUGGUAUCAAGAGCAUAAGGGGUGUCGUCCUUUUUAUGGCAUGGAGUAUUGUUUCUCAGCAUUGUAAUUCACGAUCUUCUGCUCUAGAGAGGGUAUCAUCCUUCUCGAGAUAUGGGAAGCGUAUACCUGAAGAAGAAAGCUUUUGGGAUUGUGUCAGAAUAGAGAGAGUUUUGAUGAUAAGAGAGACAAAAACCGUCAUUCCAGUUAUUGAAGAAAAUGAAAUGCCUUCACCCAGUGUUGUCAUGGGACAUAUUGGGACAUAUAGUUGGGACAUAUAG